AUGCUUUCUAGCUUUGUUUUGAUCUUUUUGUUUGUUUCCUUUGUGAAUGCUGCUGAUAACUGGGAUGACUUCACAAACAAUCUUGCUACCGACCUGGCACCAUUGAUUACCUUGUUUGGUGAAAGACUUACGAAGCAAUUUCUCUCUGAGUCGAUCAGCUCGCUCGAUAAUCUCAUAUUCGCACUUUCACCAUUGGGAGUAAUGACUGCAGUUGUAUCAAUGAUCAGGAUCUGCGGUAGCUCAUAUCUAGGGGCAUUCAAUGGACGAGCCCAAGAGGCCCCGGCCGAGGCUGAAAGUGAACUCCUUCCGUGCGUCUCGGCUUUCACCGCUGAGCUUUUCAACGAUGGUGGGAUUACAUGGGUUUCUGGAAGGCCUAGGAUCAUAAAGCUGGUAUUUUGGGAGCAGCAAGACGAGAAAACUGGAGAGAAGGCAACAAAGAUGGGGGCUUGGACCUGCAGCAGCAAGGUUUCCCCCUCUGAAUUACCUGAGCUUGACAUUCCAAAUUUGUCUUUGAAUAAAGGUAUCAAGAGGAGGGGUCAAUUCUGGUUCUACUGUGCUGCAAUAAUUGGGUGCAUGCUUCAAGGAGGUACUGUUGUGUAUGCCUCAUUGACAGUGUUCGUCUACCCCAGCCAUUUCAAGAAAAACAGUAAAUGUGUGCCCUCAUAUGCUUUUCCUUUAUACAUUGUUGGGACAACACUUCGUCUCAUUGGAAUGUUCUCUUGUGCUUUCAUCAUGGAGCGGUCAUCGAAGGAGUAUUAUCUGCACCCAACGAAGCCAAGCAAGAUAUAUUGGUUACAGCCUGGCAAGCAGAAUAUAGAUGAUCAGGUUUACAAGGCAUUCUUAAUUCCCAAGGAAGGCCGUGACUCAUCUAUGACCACCGAUAUCUCUUAUAUAAAGUCAGUCAGAGACCAUAGGUUGGACAAGAAAUACUAA